AUGCUUCUUUUUAUUUCUUUAACCAUAUCUACAACUGAAUUUGUUUUGCAAAAGGAUAUUGUAAGUUUUUCCCUUAUCGCACUGGCCUUCUUAUCGUUAUUUAUAGUACACACAAUUGGACAAAAGUGUACUACAGUGGCUGGCACUGUGGCGGAAGGUAUUUAUGAUCUGAAUUGGUAUGAUGCAGAUAUUUCAACACGUAGAGACAUUUUAAACUUGUUGUGCUUAACCCAAAAGGUAAUAGUUCUAAAAUUACCGUUAUUCGGUGAAUUGUCUCAUGCAUCAGCGGCAAAAGAAUACAAGGCUGUUUAUGUUUUCUACAAUUGGGUAUUGACAAUCAUGAAGAAAAAAUACAUUUAAAUAUUAUUAGACUAUGGAUUUAUAGAGUUUCUUUUAGACUUUAUUAGACUUAAUAACUCAUAAAUAACUCAAAAAUGCAC